AUGAACUCUCCAAAUCUUGCUGCUCUGCCCGACGAUCUUUUAUUGGAGGUAACAUCAUGUCUAUCCUCUAGAGUGGAUAUCCUCAACCUGGCACUCUCAAGCAAAUACUUGUUCACUAGCACAUGCCCUGUAUUGUAUGCCCAUGUACACCUCGGGACCGCAGAACAAUGCCAGCGAACCCUGUCGAUGCUCCGUUCUCGCCCGGACGUUGCGCGCCAUAUCCAGAAACUCCACAUUGGAUUUUCUGCCUCCUCCAACUAUAUGGUCGAUAUCAAUGGAAUUACGAUCUCAGCGAUGCUGAGAGAACUGGCGCCGAAACUGGACGUGCUCCAUACUUUCAUCUGGGACGCGGAUGAGAUUCCUCAAUGCGAUGAUAUGUGGUUCGCCUUACGAAUGUCGUGCCCACGACUGCGCACACUUGGCACAUGUUAUGGAUCUGUGAUACCCAGCCAACGAAGUCAUUUACUGGAAUUUAAGAACCUCCGUGGGUUCUCGUUAACCCUAAAAUAUGGAUACCAUACUCAUCAUACAGAUGACUUCCAAGAUGCUCUUCCUUUCGAUGGUCGUCUUUGGGAUAUGCUGAUUCGGCGCUCUCCGGACCUGGAGGAGCUGCAUGUCUUGGGUGGACCGUUGAUUCUAGACGGAACAGUACACCCGCUCUGCAACGCACGCUGGCCCCUCCUACAUUCUCUAUCUCUAGGCGACGUCAUGUUAGAUUGGUCUUCAGGACCAGGGCCUAUGUCCUCCAAGCGCCCCUUCAUAGCCUUUUUGGAGGCUCAUCAGCGUCUGCGGUUUUUUCGUAUAUCCCGCACUGCACUGAGUCCUCAUAUCCUCCCUUCACUCGAUCCAUCCGCUUUACCACACCUUACCCAUUUUACUGGUUCGUUGGAACAUCUUCAAGCUCUAGCCCCCUCCCAUCCACAAAUCACACACUUAGCGAUCGAGGAGCCGCUAAUCAUCCGUGAUCUCGCACCUCUUUUAAUUGCAGGGGUAUUGCAGAGCCUGCGCUGCCUCACUGAACUUCGCGUUGCCUUCGUUUUCCAUUCUUCGUAUGAAAAUGGAAACUUGAUUAGAAACCUUGUAAGCGCUUGCCCUGGACUGACCACGUUGGAGAUUACGUGCGCAAGAAGGUCGUCCUUCAAAGUUGAUACACUAGCCAAAUCCGUCAAUUGCCUCCCUCGUCUGCGUCACCUACGGUUGACGCUAGUUCCGAUAGCCACAGGGGACUCAUUGCGCGUUUGCGCAUCCCAUGUCGUACAAGCGAUCCCACGCUUACAGUCAUUUGCACUGACGUUCAUUUCUGCCUCACUUCCUCUAUCUCUUACCCCCGUCAAUUUUGGCUUGUAUGAGGAGAGUGGGAACUACGUUGUUCGUACCGAUGAGCAUGGGCUCCCUCAUUCUCUGAGCUGCACCGAGCGAAGACCUGCGCUACGCCUGCCCUUUACACUUCCAAGCAUCCCCAUCCCGCUAGCAGUGCCGCUACUGACUUUUUCUCCUUUCACAUCCCAUUCCCCGCCAAGGGAGAGGAGAAUGAGAAUGCAGCGAUACUUGCUGAACCUCCAUCCAGGCACUUCCAAGCAUGGUGGGUUAGGUCUUAUUUUGGAGCGUAGUACGGCAGGGGAUGAGGCGAGGGUGCUUACUGUUCUUGUAGCCCUGAGCGGGCUUGCGUUGUGGGGUUUCUUUGCAUAG